UCAAUGGGAUGUUUGCCAUUCGAAGUCUCUGGUUUUCACGGAAAUCAGUUGUCUCAUCGCCUGCCUUUCUUUUUCUAUUUUAAGGAGUCUCACCUGUCGUCCUCUUCCUCGUCUGUCUCUAUUCUUGUUCUUGUUCCAUUCCUCGAGAGAAGAGAAUCAUCACUCCAAGUCCUCCAAAGAGGCUCCAUUCAAUGGCGAGAAAGGGUCUGUUCGAUCUUGAGAGGCACUUCGCCUUCUACGGGGCGUACCACAGCAACAAGGUCAACAUCCUGAUCCACACCCUCUUCGUCUGGCCCAUCUUCUUCACAUCCCUCGUCCUCUUCUACUUCACCCCAUCCGUCUGCGAGCUCAUCGGGACGGAGCCCCAGUGCUUCCUCGCCCGCCGAGGGCUCUUCCUCAACUUCGGCUUCUUCUUCGCCCUCAUCUACGCCGUCGCCUACGUCCUGAUGGACGUCAAGGCCGGGUCUUUGGCUGCUCUCCUCUGCAUGGCCUGCUGGGUCACCGCCAGCUCCCUCGCUCGGACCCUCGGCUUCUCCCUUGCUUGGAAGGUUGUUCUAGCUGCUCAAUUGUUUUGUUGGACUGGACAAUUCAUUGGCCAUGGCGUGUUUGAGAAACGAGCACCAGCUCUGCUUGACAACCUGGCUCAAGCCUUUCUUAUGGCUCCUUUUUUUGUAUUGCUUGAGGUUCUACAAAUAGUUUUCAAAUACGAACCUUACCCAGGUUUCCAUGUGAGCGUCAAUCAGAAGAUCGAAGCUGAGAUCAAAGAAUGGCAGGAGAAGCAGCAGAAGAAAAUGUCUUAGUUUGAGAUUGAAUCCAUGCUGUGCAGUAGAUCUGUGUUAACUAUGGUAGAACAAAUCGCUUGUUUUUGUCUCCGUGCUUUAUUACAAAUAAAUUAAAUUUUUAUGGACA